ACCUUAUAAAACUAAAACUCCACCUGCCUUUUGCCAGUGCUAAUGGUUGUGAACUUGAAAACAGGUCUUUGUUUACCGUCAGUCCCAUGGCCCAUUUCUCUAGAGUUUUUCUUGUCAACACAGUUUCCCCCAGGAUAACGUCUGGAGCUGUUACAACAUGCCUGCAGCCAGCGCUAAGUACCUCCCUUUGGUGGAGGGCAACAUACGCAGGCAUAGCAGAGCUUCAACUCUUAUCUUACCUCAUCUUAUCUGUGGUUGUCAUGUGGUGAGCAGGAUGGUAGAAUGUGUUUAUAUUUGGUAGAUACAAUUUAGAAACAGUGCCAGAAAGUGCAAUAAAAAAAAGCAGGGUGGGACAAACAGGACAAGGAAGGAUUAUUCUCCACAGCUUUUGCAAAGUGUUUGUAACUGGCUUAGCGAGUUUAGCAAACGUGUUUACAGUGUACUUUUACCAAGAAUGAGAACCUGCCUUGGCAGUCCCAAAGUGCCCGUGAUUUCUGAUUACUUUGGAAGGAACCUAGGGAUGUUCUUUGCUCUAUCUGACCCUGUAUUUUCAGGUAAGUUAAUCAACAAGUGACAGCACAGCAUUAAAAUGCCUGUAUCUGAUUCUGUACUGGCCAUGUGGUUUUGAAGAGCUCUGAGUCCAGCAGCAGUGUGUGAGUGAAGCAGAGAGCCCCACACACUGGCGUAUUGUGAGCGCAGCGCUCCCAGAGCAGCCGCAAGCUAAGUAACCUCCAAACAUGCCAUCACAGCUAUUUCGUAGGUGUUGAGUUCGCAGGCAAAAGCUUGGCAGUGAGAUGGGACUACACCUGUAUGUUCAAGUUAGAGCCAAAAAAUAGCUCACCGUGACACACGGCAUGACCAAGCUGUCCAGGCAGCCUCUUGAAAAAGCUAACAAAGAGCUGAUGUCCCUGAGGGGCUCCUUCUGGCACCUCCAUCUUGGAGAUACAUGGUUUCCUCAGCUACGGAAGCGUGCUUCUGCCGCAGCGAUAAGAAGCUGCCUGUGACACAAGAAGAAAAAAAAAGGAAAAAAAAAUAGAAAAAAAGAAGUCAGUGACAGUCUGUUGCGAUCGCAGCUGAGGUAACAGCGUGCCGGGCGGGGAGGGAAGCCCAGCCCUGACGUGGGGCUGCCUCACCACCACCACCUCCGCUGCCUGCGAGCAGCGGCAGGGGAAGGGGAGGCCUCGCCGGCUGCAGCUGCCCACAGGACGGGGUGAGGGGCCCCUCUCACCCUCCUCAGCCCCUACACAGACUGCCGGGGAGCCAGGCAGCAGGGCUGGAAACUUUACAAGCAGGGUUGAAAUAUUUCAUAAAAGAAUUUGGGCAAAAAUAACUGCAGCUGAAUUCUGUCCUGAGUGGUAAAGCUCUACAGGUCACAUGCAGACUCAAGAUGUGGACAAAAUGGCUGGGAAAAGGGAGAAAUUUAGCUGUUUGUCAUGGCAUAAUGUGGGAAACAUUACAGCAAAAACAUUACUUUCCUGUAAGAUCACAACAGCAUUUCUGUCUUUAAUUAUUGCAGAGAAAUGUGAAGCCUAUGAUGUGAUGUUUAAGCACAGUCUUGUGCCUGAUGGGCAGCCUCUUGCUAUUACAUGUUCUCUGGAAAAGAGCUUGAAUUUUAAAAGUGGAGACUACAACUUAACAUGGUAUAAAGUUGGUAACCAGACAGCUGUGCCUAGAGACAAACUUUCUAGAAUUCAUCAAAAGAAGAAUUUAAUUUGGUUUCUCCCUGCAAUGGUAGAAGAUUCUGGAGAUUAUGAAUGUGUCAUAAGUUGCAGGAAUUUGACAAGCUAUAGCAAAAUGUCUACAAAAGUAACAGUUUUCGAGAGGAUUGAUGGUUCAUGCUUAAAUGAAAAAUUUGCUGUAGAGGAGGUGGUAUUCACUUUAUCAUCUGCAAAGGUUGUGUGUCCACAUUUGAGUUACUUCAGGAAUGAGAAGAAUGUUCUGCCUGUUCGCUGGUAUAAGGACUGUCAGCCAUUGAAAGGGAGAAGGUUUGCCUUUUCAAACAGUGAUCUUGUGAUUUUCAAUGUGACUGUGCAAGAUCAAGGAAACUAUACUUGCAAAACAACAUAUAUCUACAAUGGAAAGCGAUAUAACAUUUCACGAGAUGUUAUUCUGACUGUAGCAGUAAGCCCACCAAAAAAGCCUCCAGAAAUAUCUUAUCCACGAAACAACUCAAUUGAAGUGGAACUUGGCUCACAGGUUACAGUGGAUUGCAAUACAACAGGUGCUGAUGGGUAUGAGGUGUUUUGGACAGGCAACGGUGUGUAUAUUGAUGUAUUUUAUAUGAGCAGAAUUUUUGCAAGGCGUUAUGAGGAGGAAACUUCUUAUGAUGGACGCCCUAUCUAUUCUGUGAAGCUCAUAAUUUCAGAAGUGAAUCGUGAAGAUUAUGAACAACCAUUUGUCUGUCAAGCGUCAAAUGCCUUUGGGCAGGUUGCAUCCUAUAUUAUACUAAAACACAGAGUUCCUGAUACACGAACAUGGCUGAUUGGAGGGUUUCUCUCUUUGUUGCUUUUAACAUUUAUUAUUUUAAUAAUCUAUAAGAUUUUCAAGAUUGAGCUGGUGCUUUGGUACCGGGAUUCUGGAUGUGCCUUUGUAAGUAAGGAAGAUGGGAAAAUCUAUGAUGCGUAUGUCCUGUACACAAAAGGCAGUGGAGGCAGCAGCUUCUAUCAUCUGGAAACCUUUGUUCUUAGAAUACUCCCCAGUGUUUUAGAACAUCAAUGUGGAUAUAAUCUCUUUAUAUUAGGAAGGGAUGAUUUACCAGGAGAAGCUGUGGUCAGUGUUGCUGAUGAAACCCUUAAGCAAAGCAGAAGGCUGAUGAUUAUUUUGGCAUCGGAAACACCUAGUUGCCUGUUAGAAGAUGCUUGUGAACAACAAUUAGCUAUGUAUAAUGCUCUCAUCCGUGAUGAGACUCAAGUAAUUCUUAUAGAAAUGGAUGAAAUACUGGACUACACAAGUAUGCCAGAUUCAGUCAGGUACAUUAAGCAAAAACAUGGGGCUAUCCAAUGGAAAGGAGACUUCUCAGAAAAAUCUUGUUCAGCAAAUACAAAAUUCUGGAAGAAUGUACGCUAUCAGAUGCCAUCUAAGAAAAAAAUAUCUCAUUCUGAAAUUUAUUUAUUGCGCCAAACUUUGAACAGUUCCACAGCGAAGGGAAAUUAAGACCCACUUAUUAAAAUAAUACUGCAAACGUAAUUCUAAAAUGCUUUCUACAAAAUUCUGUGUGUUAUGAACAGUGUUUUCUUCAAGGAGUAUAAACUACUCAUCCUGUCCCCAAAAUUAUACCCUAAUAGGAAAACUCCGUGCAACUUUGUUUCUGUUUGGGCUAUAAAUAGUGACACAAUUUAUUGUGUUGGCCUCAACCAGACAUUUGAAUUAAGUGUGCAGAUGUUGGUGGACUGUUAAAUAGUGGUAAUCUACAGAAAUGUAAUAUCCACUGAAGAACCAACCUUGAAGUCCAUUUGUUUUCUAAUUGAAACUGCAGAUGAUAAAUUAAAAACAUGUUUGUGUAGUCUGC